AUGACAUUUUCAAAGUAUUUGCUCUCAAACCCGUCGGAUAUCGAGUUGGAGUCAGAGAUACAAAACAAAUUGUGUUCACUGCUCUUCGACUGCGCCUCCAAUGAAAGAUUGGAGUUCUUGUCGCCUCUGAUACGGCUGACCAAAGUGACCAAACAGAGCAAUAGUCUCAGUCUCUGGCAAAUCAAGUUUGUCAACACUUAUUCAAUCGAUAAGAAUUUGCUCCUCAAUUACUUGAGAGGAACGCUAAGACUAACGCAAAUAACUCCGACACUAAUCGAGGCCAUUGUCUUCUAUGAUAUGCCGCCUUUCGGAUCGUUUGCUUCAAUAUCUGAUAAACUCUCGUUUUCGGAACUGGUUAUUGAGCUGAAGAGCAAGUAUAGUGUGCCCAUCCCUACCAUUCAUUUGCUCCAUCGGCUCUAUUUCUCUUCAAUUCUCAAACUAUAGAAAACAAAC